AAAUCAGCAUUUUUCAUUCAGAAAUUCAGAAGAAAUUUUUAUCGGUCUUCGAUUUGUCAAAAAAUUUACAUAAAUACAAUUAGGCUAUUUGCUUUCAAGCAACUGUUUCGAGAAUCGUAUCUCAAGAAUUGGAUGAUAAUAUGACUGGUUUACUGAAAUUUAGUGUGAAAGCUGGUAUUCUAGGAGGAGCUGUGUAUUACUCUCGAGACAUUGGAGUUUGGGCCGAUAGCGAUACAACCUACGAACUCGGAAAAAAGAGCAUUGCGUACCUCACACCUUACAUUAAUAAAUUAGAAAAAGAAGUUCCCAUACCGGUUGACUUGAAAAACCUUCCAUCCAGUGAAGAUGCGUGCAGAACGGUUAAAACGUAUUGGAAUCGAGGAGUGAUAUCUUCGAUCACUUUUAUAGAAAAAAUACCUAGUAAUAUAAGCUAUUACAGCUGCCAAGGAAUUUCCUAUAUAUCUGAGCAAAUACAGCAGGAGAAAAAUUCACUUCCGUCCAGUCAGGAGAAAAGCUGAUUUUUGCAUUUAUUAUUGGAUUCGUCAAUGUUUACUUGACAGAAAUUCCAUUAUUUAUUGCACUUGAAUAUUGAAAGAUGCUGUGUCAGAAAUUUAUUAUUGCGUUCGUCGUAUAAAAGUAUUAAUUUGUGGUAGUUUAAUUAUAUACUAUGUGUAUUAUGUUACAGAAAACUGAUACUUACGACUGCUGCUUUACCUACCUACUGAAUUUUCAUUAGCUGUAGCAGUUUUCAAUUUUUCAUUGUUCAAGUCGUGCUUAUUGUCUCGGCAUGACACUUACAUCAUUUAAUUCUGAAAACUUGCUAUUUUUGUUAUUUAGAUAUGUUUUGUAUGCGUUGUAUUAUUUUCGUUUACGAAUAUGAUAUUGUAAAUAUUACGCAGUAAAGUAAUAAUCGUUCUCAUCGUA